AACAUUGAAAAAACCAUCAAACACUUUAAAGCCAAGUUAACUGUACUAUACUAGCGACGUACGUACGCUUGAAGCUGUGUACAUCUAGUGGGAGCUCUGUCCUGUUUCUGUAAUAAAUAAAGGCACUCGAAAGGCCAAUAUGUGGAGUCUUGGACAUGUCUUAUGUAUUUGCUGUGUGUGUGCGCUUGUUGGCUGUGAAGUCAUCAUAAGCUGGUCUAUUCCUGUGGAGGAGACACUGCGACUGGGCCUCUCCCCUGGACCGUUAUUCCUCAUCUCAAACAACAGUUUCCGUGAGAGUCCUCUUGAGUUACCUCAACUAGCAGUAGACAGCUACCUACAGAGUCAAUGGACAGCUAGUGAUGAGAGUGUAGGCUCUGAGGCAUCACGUGUCUACUAUACCUUCAGUAGCAGCUCUAGCAAUGAGGGUGUUUUCAAGGAGGUCACUUAUCACGGCAUUACCAGCGAAAGUUACUUUUAUUAUGACCGAGGGUUCAACCUGAGCUUUCCCUGUGUGUCCCCAGCUGUUAAUGGAAGUGCUCAGUUUCAGCUGUUCUUUGAGAUUGACGCAGAACCUAAUCAGAGAAUAGUUCUCAAGGGGACCAAGAAUUGUGACUGCUCAGACUCUUGUCUCACUAAUGGAGGCAAUUCUGACUCUAACUUACCAUUCUAUAUUGUCAUUGGCUGUGUGGGAGGUCUCAUUGCUGUGGUGAUUCUAGUGGUUGUAUUGUACCAUUGUAUCAUGUGUCGCACAUUAGUGGCUCAGAGGAGAUCAGAUCUUGAGGAGGACCCUACAGGCCUAUCUCUCACAGACGUCAUCAAUAUGAGUAGUGUAUCUGCCAGCAAGUCCUUCACUGUUGGGGUUAGAUCAUACAUGACUGGGGGGGGUCUCACUACAGAUAUGCCUGUAUCAGACCUCAAGUCUAGUCCCCGUCACUCCCACUCAUCCAUCAGUGUGCCCCCUGCACUCAAUAACAGUCUGCGCAAUCUCCACUCAUUCAGAGAUCUAUUUGUACAUCGCAAGAGAAUCUCUAUAGGAGUGGUUCUCACUGAAGGUGUCUUUGGAGUCAUUUAUGAUGGUUACCUUAGCAAUGCAGAGGAUGACGUUGAAGGGGUGACUCCUGUCAUUAUCAAGACUGUUAAAGACAAUACACCUGAGAUAGUGGUGCGCUCAUUAUUGGAGGGUGGUGCUGCACUGCGCCAUGUCCCUCAUCGUCAUCUCCUCCCACUACUGGCCUGUCAUGCUUCUGAUUCUGAGCAACCAAUGCUACUCUUUCCUAAAACUGCUCUAGGAACACUCAAGACAGUGCUGUUGCGCACACGUGACAACAAGACUACUCCAGGAGGCUCUCAAAAAGGAGCCUUGGCUCUAAGCACUCAGAACCUGGUCAUGGUAGCUGCACAGAUAUCUAGAGGAAUGUACCACCUGACAAAGAAGGGCCUCACUCAUAGGGACCUGGCAGCCAGGAAUAUCUAUAUUCACCAGAACCUCCAUGUGCGUAUUGGAGAUCAUGGGCUGAGUUGGGACCUUUAUCCAGAGGAGUACUCUCAGAUGCCUGAUGGGGAGAUGUGUCCCGUCAAGUGGAUGGCAGCUGAGGUGCUCACUGACAGAAACUACUCGCACUAUUCAGAUGUGUGGUCUUUUGGUGUGGUUCUGUGGGAGAUCAUGACUCUUGGGAAGAUUCCUUAUUCUGAGAACACAGCUGAGGAGAUGGUGGCCCUUUUGACUGCAGGACAGAGGCUCUCACAACCCAAGAACUGCCCUGAUGACUUGUUUGUGCUCAUGGGUUGGUGUUGGGCCCUCACACCCACUGACAGACCAAGAUUCAGCCACCUCACUCUAAGACUAAAAGAAUUUCAUGAGAAGAUCUGUUCAUUUGUGUGACAUAUAAUACGUACACUCAUAAUCAUGGUGUACACUAUAUCUGCUAUCCCAUACAAUCACGCAUUCAUCAGUCCAUGCAUCUAUUCACUCACUGCCUGCAUUGUUCUACCACUGUUUGUUGUUUCUCGUGUCAAAA